GGAAUUCAGGGAAAACCGGAAUAGGCACAGUCGACAAAACAGUAGUUCUAUUUCUAAUUUUCUAUACUUCUAUCCAAAGAUUUUUCGAAUACUCGCCGAGAAAGAUUUCUACUGCAUUUAACAAAACGGACAAUUCUCAGUAUAAACUUGAUUCCGUUGAGUUCAUUUCAUUGUGUAUUUCGGCUCUUGCUUCGGUUUCUGCUUGAUCCGCUCAGUAGUGAGUAGACCACUUUUCCGUUCUGUUCUUUUUCUUUUAUUUUCAUGUUUUUUUUUUUUUAUCAUUUUCACACAAUAACAGAACCCACUUCUUUUCUUUGAACCAAAUCUUAUUCAAUAUUUAAGUCUGGAAUAAGAAGUUCAGUAUCCUUUCAGCCCAUUAAUCCUUUUAAUCCAAAACCACAACUCUUUCGCACAGUAAACUCAUAUCGCUCAGUUGAACAGAUCUUCUUCCAGACCCAGAGUCCCCAUUACCAUUUCGGGUGCUCGUUACAAUGUCUAAAGCAAAACCCCCUUCCAGAUUCAUAUACUUCACCGUCACACUUUUGCUUUUGUUCUGUUGCUUCGUCUCUGCCAUGUCUUCUGAGCCCGAUGUGGAUGAUGAAGAUGAUCUGAAGGCUUACGAGGAACUACUAGCAUUGGAUGAAGAAGAAGAGCAACAAGGGCCUCAAGUCAAAUCGGCUGAGGCUGAGGCUGAGGUUCUGAGCAAGGCCCAGAGAAUUGUUAUUGAGCUCAACACUGACAACACUAAACGGGUUAUAAAUGAUAACGAGUUCGUUCUGGUUCUGGGUUAUGCUCCAUGGUGUGUUAGAAGUGCGGAUCUGAUGCCCCGAUUUGCAGAGGCGGCAACUGCUCUUAAGGAGAUGGGCAGUCCUCUAUUGCUGGCGAAGCUUGAUGCGGAACGCUACCCUAAAGCGGCAUCAUCUCUUGGGAUCAAAGGCUUUCCUACCCUGCUUCUCUUUGUCAACGGGACCUCUCAAGCGUAUACUGGUGGAUUUUCGGCGGAGGACAUAAUGAUCUGGUCAAGGAAAAAAACAGGGUCGCCUACCAUUAGACUAGCUUCGGUGGCCGAGGCAGAGGAAUUCCUUAAGAAGAAUGACAUGUUUGUAAUUGGUCUUUUUGAGAGAUUUGAGGGACCUUAUUAUGAAGAAUUCGUGAAAGCAGCAACUGCUGACAAUGAAAUCCAGUUUGUUGAAGCUAGCACUACUGAGGUCGCUAAAGUUCUCUUUCCAGACAUUAAGCCUAAAAAUCAUUUCCUUGGUCUGGUCAAAAGUGAGCCUGAGAAAUAUUCUUCAUUUGAGGACAGUUUUGAAAAGGACAAAAUAUUGCAGUUUUUGGAAUAUAACAAAUUUCCAUUAGUUACUAUACUGACUGAACAUAAUUCCAUGAAAGUAUACUCCAGCCCUAUCAAAUUCCAGGUAUUCAUCUUUGCUGAGGCUAAUUACUUGAAAAACGUUAUCCUACCUCUUCAAGAUGUUGCAAGAAAGUUUAAAUCAAAGAUUUUGUUUGUAUAUGUUGACAUUGCAGAGGAUAACCUAGCAAAACCGUUCUUGACAUUGUUUGGGCUUGAAGAAUCAGACGAUACUGUUGUGACUGCUUUUGACAACAGAAUUAAUUCAAAGUACUUGUUGGAGUCAGAUUUGACACCAAAAAGUCUAGAGGAAUUCUGCUCAGGGCUUCUAAAUGGUACUCUGUCACCUUACUUCAAAUCAGAACCUAUACCAAAUAAUAAGGGUGCAAUUGUUCAGACCAUUGUAGGGAGGACGUUUGAUGACUUGGUUUUGAGCAGUCCUCGAGAUGUUCUUCUAGAGGUUCAUACACCGUGGUGCCUCAACUGUGAGACUACAAACAAGCAGAUUGAAAAGCUGGCUAAGCAUUUCAAGAAAUUGGAUAAUCUAAUUUUUGCAAAAAUAGAUGCUUCUUCAAAUGAACAUCCAAAGUUACAGAUAAAUGACUACCCAACUCUAUUGUUUUACCCAUCUGGUAACAAGUCAAAUCCGAUCAAACUUUCCACCAAGUCAAGCUUGAAGGACUUGGCUGCAUUCAUCAACAAAAAUGUAAAAGGAGUCGAGGACAAGGUAAAACCACCGGAGGAGAAAGCGACCAAAGACGAACUAUAGAAGAAUACAAUUUGAAAGCAUACCGCCCCCAAAAGAUCUUGAAAUCUAGCUAGAUGUUUAGAAAGAUAAAUUAAGUUGAUGGGAGCCUGGGAAAAUGUUUGAGAUGUUGAUGUUAUAUGGCUAAUUCACCAUUUUAUUGUUCCAUCUUAUCGGAGGCGUUGUAUAAACUAGCAAGCAAUAUUGUGUUCAAUAAGAGCAAUAUUUGGUAUAUAGAAUCAGUUUAUUGA